UGCUGGCCGGGCGGCGUGGCGGGGGCCGACGGGGGCUCGGAAGUGUCAGCCGGCGGCCGUGGGAGGCGGCGAGCGCCCGGCGGCCCGCGAUCGCUCGUCGGGGGCGGAGGAGGUGGGGGGGUGUGGUGCCAGCGAAGCAACAUGCAGAUCGGCGCCCGGCGCCCUGACGACCCCUCCCUUGGAAAAGAGGCCGGGGCGGCGCGCAGCCGGGGGGCGGCCGGGGGGCGGCUGGGCUCGGGGCGCUGCUAGGGAGCGGCGCGCGCUGCACACUCGCCGGGGCGCGGCGGCGGAGGGCGGGGAGCCCGGCAGGUCGCGCCAGCAGCGGGCGGGAGCCGGAGCCGCCACUCGGAGCUGGGUUGAUUUAAAAAAAAAAAUUUUUUUUUUUAAAUUUUCCGACGCGCCACGCGAGGGGGGUCCCCCGAACAGCCCCUGGUCCCCGGCGUGCCGCCAACAUGGGCAACGCGGGGAGCAUGGAUUCGCAGCAGACUGAUUUCAGGGCGCACAACGUGCCUUUGAAGCUACCGAUGCCCGAGCCAGGUGAACUGGAGGAGCGGUUUGCCAGCGUGCUGAAUGCUAUGAAUUUACCCCCUGACAAAGCCAGGUUAUUGCGUCAGUACGACAAUGAGAAAAAGUGGGAACUGAUUUGUGAUCAGGAACGAUUCCAGGUGAAGAAUCCUCCCCAUACAUACAUUCAGAAGCUGAAAGGCUACCUGGAUCCAGCUGUAACCAGGAAGAAAUUCAGACGACGAGUUCAGGAAUCCACACAAGUGCUAAGAGAACUGGAAAUUUCUUUACGAACCAACCAUAUUGGAUGGGUCCGAGAGUUUUUGAAUGAAGAAAACAAAGGCCUUGAUGUGCUGGUGGAGUAUCUGUCAUUUGCACAGUAUGCAGUAACUUUCGACUUUGAGAGUGUGGAAAGCACUGCCGAGAGCUCUGUGGAAAAAUCCAAGCCCUGGAGUAGAUCCAUUGAGGACCUGCACCGAGGGAGCAACCUGCCCUCCCCAGUGGGCAACAGUGUUUCCCGCUCGGGAAGGCAUUCUGCCCUGCGAUAUAAUACUUUGCCAAGCAGAAGAACUCUGAAAAAUUCAAGAUUAGUGAGUAAGAAAGAUGACGUACAUGUCUGUAUCAUGUGCUUGCGAGCCAUCAUGAACUACCAGUAUGGUUUCAAUAUGGUCAUGUCUCAUCCACAUGCUGUCAAUGAGAUUGCACUAAGCUUAAACAACAAGAAUCCAAGAACAAAAGCCCUUGUCCUAGAAUUGCUGGCAGCCGUAUGUCUUGUGAGAGGCGGGCAUGAGAUCAUUCUAUCAGCAUUUGAUAACUUCAAGGAGGUUUGUGGGGAAAAGCAGCGCUUUGAGAAGUUGAUGGAACAUUUUAGGAAUGAAGACAACAACAUCGAUUUUAUGGUGGCAUCCAUGCAGUUUAUUAAUAUUGUGGUCCAUUCAGUAGAGGACAUGAAUUUCAGAGUUCACCUCCAGUAUGAGUUUACCAAGUUAGGCCUGGAUGAAUACUUGGAUAAGCUGAAGCACACGGAGAGUGACAAGCUGCAGGUACAGAUUCAGGCUUAUCUGGACAACGUGUUUGAUGUGGGCGCCCUGCUGGAGGAUGCCGAGACCAAGAAUGCGGCCUUGGAGAGGGUGGAAGAACUGGAAGAAAACAUUUCUCAUUUGUCGGAAAAGCUGCAAGACACAGAGAAUGAAGCCAUGUCCAAGAUCGUGGAACUGGAGAAACAGCUCAUGCAGAGGAACAAGGAGCUGGAUGUUGUUCGAGAAAUCUACAAAGAUGCAAACACCCAGGUUCACACAUUAAGGAAGAUGGUCAAAGAGAAAGAAGAAGCCAUUCAGAGACAGUCUACCUUGGAGAAAAAGAUUCACGAACUGGAGAAACAAGGGACCAUUAAGAUUCAGAAGAAAGGGGACGGGGACAUCGCCAUCCUGCCAGUGGUGACCCCUGGUGUGCUGUCCACAGGGUCAGAGGGGGAGGCUGCUAACUUCAUGGGACCCGUGACAGGGGCUGCCUCCACGGGACCCUUACCCCCGCCUCCCCCACCACUACCUCUGUCGCCAGACACGCCUGAAACAGUGCACAAUGGCCCCGUAACACCCCCUAUGCCCCCGCCACCCCCGCCCCCGCCACCUCCACCACCCCCGCCACCCCCUCCACCCCUCCCGGGUCCUGCAGCAGAGACUGUGCCCGCCCCUCCCUUACCGCCCCCACCUCCUCCCUCUGCACCCCCGCUGCCGGGAACGUCCUCGCCCACCGUGGUCUUCAACUCAGGAUUAGCAGAUGGGCCAAUCAAGCUUUUCUCCGUGAAAAUUAAGAAGCCAAUCAAGACGAAGUUCCGAAUGCCUGUUUUUAACUGGGUUGCUUUGAAGCCAAAUCAGAUCAAUGGCACAGUCUUCAAUGAAAUAGAUGAUGAGCGAAUUUUAGAGGAUUUAAAUGUAGAUGAAUUUGAGGAAAUAUUUAAGACAAAAGCCCAAGGUCCUGCCAUUGAUCUCUCUUCAAGCAAACAGAAGAUAACACAGAAGGGACCAAACAAAGUGACUUUACUGGAAGCAAAUCGGGCCAAAAAUCUUGCCAUAACUUUAAGGAAAGCUGGAAAGACUGCCGAUGAGAUAUGUAAAGCUAUUCAUGUAUUUGACUUGAAGACGUUGCCUGUAGACUUUGUAGAAUGUUUGAUGAGGUUCUUGCCAACGGAGAAUGAGGUGAAAGUGCUCCGGCUCUAUGAGCGGGAAAGGAAGCCCCUGGAGAAUUUGUCUGAUGAAGACCGGUUCAUGAUGCAGUUCAGUAAGAUUGAGAGGCUCAUGCAGAAGAUGACCAUCAUGGCCUUCAUUGGCAACUUUGCCGAAAGCAUUCAGAUGCUGACUCCUCAACUACACUCAGUUAUAGCAGCGUCUGUCUCCAUAAAGUCAUCCCAAAAACUCAAGAAAAUUCUGGAGAUCAUCUUGGCUCUUGGGAACUAUAUGAACAGUAGUAAGCGAGGAGCAGUUUAUGGCUUUAAGCUUCAGAGUUUAGAUCUGCUUUUGGAUACGAAGUCGACAGACCGAAAGCAAACGCUGUUGCACUACAUAUCGAAUGUUGUCAAGGAAAAGUACCACCAAGUGUCCCUGUUUUAUAAUGAGCUUCAUUAUGUGGAAAAGGCUGCUGCAGUCUCCCUUGAGAAUGUUCUGCUGGAUGUCAAGGAGCUCCAGCGGGGCCUGGACCUGACCAAAAGGGAGUAUACCAUGCACGACCACAACACGCUGCUGAAGGAGUUCAUCCUCAACAACGAGGGGAAGCUGAAGAAGCUGCAGGAUGACGCCAGGAUAGCCCAGGAUGCCUUUGAUGACGUUGUGAAGUAUUUUGGAGAAAACCCCAAGACCACACCCCCAUCUGUCUUCUUUCCUGUCUUCGUGCGGUUUGUGAAAGCCUAUAAGCAAGCAGAAGAGGAAAAUGAAAUGCGGAAGAAGCAGGAGCAAGCACUCAUGGAAAAACUCCUGGAGCAGGAAGCGCUGAUGGAGCAACAGGAUCCAAAGUCUCCUUCUCACAAGUCAAAGAGACAGCAGCAAGAGUUAAUUGCGGAACUGAGAAGGCGACAAGUUAAAGAUAAUAGACAUGUAUAUGAAGGAAAAGAUGGUGCCAUUGAAGAUAUUAUUACAGUGCUGAAGACCGUGCCCUUCACUGCUCGCACCGCCAAGCGUGGCUCUCGAUUUUUCUGCGAACCUGUUCUCACUGAGGAAUGCCAUUACUAAACUAUUACCCUUUCUCAACUGAUGCUCUCCAAAGAUCUUAGAAACCAACCAUACAGACGAGCCGAUGCGGUGAGGAGAAGUGUCAGGCGGCGCUUUGAUGAUCAGAACUUGCGUUCUGUUAAUGGUGCCGAAAUAACCAUAUGAACCCAAGACCUGCCUAUAUGAAUUGAGGGUAUGCGUGAAUAUUUGUCCACAUGAACUUUAUGUGCUACCAUUAAACUGCAGCCUUGAACAUAGAAAAAAUAUCCUAAGGGCUCAGGUUUAGCAGACACAUAGGAACUUAAAAUUGGUGGGCUCUCCUUUCAACCUUUGUUAACAAGUGCCUAAAAGUGGAAGUACCUGCUCAGACUAAUCAAAUAGGAUUUGAUUUGAUUAGGUAUCUUUUUACACACCAAUGUUACUCGAUUUUUUUUAACCAAAAUGUAAAUUUUAUGUUACAUUCACUACCUGCCAUUGUGAUUGUCCUAUGAUGGCCCACCCUGGCUUCCCGCAAAGUUGUAAAUAACUCGGAUGCAUCUGCCGUGGGCUUCUCUUGCUGAGAUGUCUUCUAGGAAUUUUGUUUCAGCCAUACAUGUCAGCUUUGUAUUUCUAAGGGCUUGCAAGAUAUGGGAGGAAAAUCACAUGAUAAACUCUCUUGUCCAUUCCCAAGCGCCAACAAAGACCAAACAGGAUAUAAUUUUAGUGGCAUAGAAGGUCACUCAAUUGUCUUGUUUUACAUUCUGCUACUUCUGUGCUAGGGUACAAUGACCUGUGAAAAACAUUCACCAGUAUGAUAAAAAUAUUGUCUAAGAUUUAUUUGCAGUACUGUUUGCAUUUAUUCAUUAGCACUAAAAACUUAACAUCUCAGUAAUCAGUAUUAGUUCUGAGACCAUUAUGGGUCAAUCCUGAGAUUAGAAAUCAGUGCCUUGCUCGCCAGGGGAAAACUUCACUAGCUCUCUCAACACAAUGUUCACGGUUAUGUCCAGCAAGGGGAGUGUUAGAUAACCAGGCCUUACACUCUCCUCUGACAAUCGCAAGGUUUUCCACCCCCAGGCCCUUCCUUUUGUAAACUGGAAGAUACAUUUGUCAUUCAGAUCAAGAAGUUCCUGUUAUCCAGUUUAUUUUUUGUCUGUUUUGGGGGGUCAUAACUGGCAAUGCACAGGGGAUCAUACAAUGAGACUUAAACAGGGGCCAUGGCAUGCCAAGCAAGCGCCUUAACUAAGCCCUAACUUCUUCUGGCACUUCCCAGUUUACUUAAUGGGGAAUUGCAAUUACAUUGCCGAAAUACUCAUUUGGGAUUAAGUUUAAACAUGUAAUGGAGCUAAAUGGCUAAGCCAUAGUUACUUUUCCUUUGCCUCAUCUCUGGCAGGGCACUUGAUCCAUUCCAAAGUCAAAAACUGGAUCGAAGCUAAUUUGUACUUUUCAUAAUACAUAUUCUGCUUCUGGCUUAUCUUGAUACAUUACACCAAUAUAUUAAUUGUAAAGUUUAUUGUAUAGUAUUUAACCACUGAAUUUUGUUGUGCUUUACGUGAACUCCUUGGUGAAGGUCCCAUUUUCCUUGGAUAAUGUGUAGUUAUAUCUCUUUUAAAAUGUACAGAUAUUUUGCUAUGAAACUGGUGCAGUUUUUUAUGGUUUUUACACUUCUCUUUAAUUCCCACCUAAGCCUCUGGGUAAUAUUGUAAAUAUUGUUUAAAAAUGCAUCAGCCUAUUCUAUACAAUCUGAAUGUUAUUUUAACUUAUAGUUUUUUUUAAUAUAUAUUUAACUACAAGGACAAUUUAGGGAUCAGUCACAUUUCACUCUAGUAUGCCAAUUUACAAAAAGAAUACUUUUAAACUGCCGCCUGCUAGCACAUUUUCAUAAAUGUGUCCUUCAAAAAGAACGUGCCAAGAUUCUGUCUUCCCUUUGAUUUUUAUAUUAAAAAAAAUUGACCAAGAGAUGCAACACAAAGUCCUUUAAUAAAAUGAGCUUGUUUCUAAAGCUCAAUGUUGAAAUAAUUGCCUGUUUACCUACAACUAGACUAUAAUUUUGGCAUGUUCUUUUCUGUUUAUCUAUUAAUGGGCCUGCUUCUUAGCAAUAUUAGAUAUGUUUCUUAAAAGCAGUUCAUGUUACUUUUCUGGUCUUUUCAUGGCAUAUGAACAAAUAAACUAUUUACACUA